CAGUUAGCAGCAUGCAGAGGACCUUCUGCUGCACUGUGCUGAGGAAUGCCUCGUGCAUGGCGGUUUCUUGCCUCCCAGCUUGGUUCGUUUUUAGAAGCGAAGGGCAUUUUGAGACUGUUAUAAUUUCAUUUUACAUCGUGUGUAUAUGAAACAGACCAAAAAAAAUCCGCUGCUUUGCCAAAUAUUUCUGGAAAGAACAAGCUUCGUGGAUAAUCAUUUUCAUGUUUUACCUGCUCCUUGGUGUGUUAAAGCUACAGAAGAAUCUUCUCUACCCUGAAUAAAGGCUUUGAGGGAUUAGCCUUCAAGUAGUCACUUGAGGCAUGUUGAUUAAGAAAUAUGCUCAAUGCUAGAUUUAAUCAAGAUUUGAAUAAUGGAGUUACAAUUGACUGUUGCUCCUGGGAUCCGACAAGCUUUCAGCUGGGUGUCACUGCGUGCCACUCCCCAGGUUAUCCGUGCCAUCACUGCAAAGUGGGCUGAGCUGACUGCCCUGUGACAGCACGGAGCUCCUUCUGUCCUGCAGCGGCUGUGGCACGGCUGUACGGGAAGUGGGUGAGUCCAGAGUGCUCCUGAGGAGCUUCCUUGCUUUGCUAAUGUGCCCCAAGUCUGCAGAGAGAGCUGAGACCUGGGAAAUUCCCUUUAAGGAUAUGGGAAGUGCAGCAAAAUAGUACUUGUGCUGACCCAGGAGUGGUUGCCCCACAAAUAGCAAUGGGCAGCACGUGUGCCUGGCAGAUGCUCCUUGGUAACGUCACUUGUUUAGUGAUAAUAUCAGCUAACCGCAUGGUGCUCUGAAGCAAAGAGUUCUUUAACCAUCAGCUGGAGCUGGGGUGAGAUUCUGUUCCGAUCCUGGGGAGAGGUGUCUGUGCUGCCUGGGGUGGCAAUGGGGGACAGCACACUACUUGCAGAACUUCCAGUCUCAGAGUGGGCUCAGGCAGCUGCAAAAUGUGACCGAGUCAGGAUGAGUGCAGUGGUUAAAAGCUCUGUGCCCCUUACGGUUCACAGUUCAGUAAAACCAGGAAACCAUUACUGACUAUGCUUUGAGGAGGCUUCCUCGGCUCGCACCUCCUCACUGUGCUGUGUAUCCCUGCUGCCCCGUCUGGGCUGUAUACAGGACACUGCCCUGCAGCCUCCGUCCUCAUCCUCUUUGUUACCUGAAUGCUGGCAUUUUGUUCCUGUGGCUCAAAAAGCACGUUGGGUUCAAUCAGUACUUGUGGGCUGUACGAAGCCAAAUUAAGUGCAGCAAAUACAUCUAGAUUCAUCUGAAGGCAGAGCGUGCUGCCAUGCAGACCUUACUAUUGCUCGUGUGUCUGUGGUGGAAGCAUUACAGCUUUGCAGCGAAGGACUUUUGUUGAAGUUGCUGCUGGAGCUGAGCAUGCAGGGGUUGAAAAAUGAAGAGGUGACAUAGGAGCACGCUGGAAAGCCCUGCUCUGAGCAGCCACAGGUACUCUGCUGUGUGCAGUGUAAGGGGUUUUGCUUCGGAAGCUUUUUCUUUAAGUUCCUCUUCCUCUCGUUACGUCCCUCUCCACCUGCAAAGAAACAAAGGAGGGUUUGUGCCCGGAGCAUGGGGAUGUCCGCAGCACCGCGCUGCCCUUAAUGAGGCCCUCCUUGCUUUGCGGUGCUCCAACAGAUCGGCACUUCCAAAAAGAUCUUUAUCGUAGCAGCUGAGAACGGGAGUCCUUUCUGUAUUGAAAAACCUGAAAGGAAACGGCAUCCUGUGCAAGCUGCAGCUUUGUGCGUGCUCAUGUAAUGGGCUAUCAAUCAAAUUUAAUUAAAACUGGGGUAACCGCAGAAUUUCGCUGCCUUUUAGUUGAGCUAUGGCACGGGGAAAAAAAAGUUUUAUCUUUACAAGCUGCUCUCAGAGAAGUUAUUGCUGCGAUUGCAGUUAAGCCCUUGCCUUAAAGGCAACAAAAUUAAUUUGCUUGUUUUUAUAGAGAAAUUUCUUGCCUGUUGGCCAACUCCAAAAAUAGCUGUGGAGUCCCUAGAAGCAAAGUGUUCGUGCACUUCAGCGCAGCAGCAUCAGUUGGUGCAAAAAAACCCGGGUUUGCCAGCCAGUGUGUGCUGGUUUCUUCCCGCAGAGCCUUUCUGCAGCUCCCCGAGCAGCAGAGGGUGCACGAUGGGCUGCAUGGCACACCAGGACCUGCGUCGAACUCCUGCAGCCCCGCUGGUGAGCAGGCAGUGCUGGGCUGCUCGGAGCUCUCUGUGUUCCAGCAGCCCGCUCCCCUCGCAGCCUGGCAGCUGAGGAGACGUCCCCUGAAGAGACAGUACCCUUCUUCCUCCCACCCUCACUUUCUUUCUGCUAUAUAUUGGGCCAGUGAAUAGGCUUGCAUUGACCGGGUAACAAAGAAGUCUUUCAGGCCCUAGCUUUAGCCACAGCCAGUGUGCUGUGGGCUUUUGUUAAUACUUUCAGUCCCCGCUUUCUCUUUCAGCAGCCCUUGCUGUCAUUGUUAAUACAUUUCAGGAGCCGUGAUGAUACUUCUGCGUUCAUUUUGUUUGCUCUGUUCACAGGAAAAGUUGCAGGGAGCCGAGAGGGAGCACACCAUCUUGCCCUGCUCUGCGUUGCGCUUCCUUUCCGCCUUUUGCAGAGAGCAGUGGUCUCUGCAAUCCUCAUGGAUCCCCAUGGAGCAGGACAUGACUGCAAGGUGUGGGGAUGCUCGCUGGCCUCCCCCCGCUGCUGGGUCGGUCUCCACUUCUCCUGGUUGGUUCUGGUCUGGCAUUAGGCAGCUGAAGAGGAAGGUUCUUACUUGCACAGCUGGUUCUGCUAAGUGGCAGUUAGGCGCUUGGAGAGCAUUGCUCAACAGUUGUAAAUUCAUUCAGUGUCUUCCCAAAUGGAUGUAACAUGCAGCUUUGUUUUGUGAGCGGAUGGAUGCAUGUGUGUGCCCCCUCCUGCCAGCAGGUAGAGAUGAGCAGAAACCAAGCGACGUUUCUGUGUCUGUGCUAGUAAAUCUGAAAGCUACUGGAAAGUGCUUUCUAAUCAUUCUGAAACAUCGGUAUGGAAAUUAAUUCCUGGAAAUAAAAUGUUAGGAAGCAGCUGAUGGAAAGGGUUGAUGCAGAACAGGCAUGAAGAAAUAAAGGUGAAUGCUGUCAGGAGGGAGGAGAGAGAUGGAAGGGUUGUUCCUUCUCUGUUUCAGACCAUCGCUGGGGGAGCGUGCCCCCAGACCAGGUGUGUUGUUGGAGACAAACCGGGCAGUGAUGGGGUUGGUGGUGGCAGUGAGCUCCUGCCCGCGGUGCUGCCGUCACAGUGCCCACAAAGUCAGCUGUACACUUUGGAGCAUCUCAGCGCACCUCUUUUUUUCCCUAAUAGUUGGAUUUUCAGCACUCUAGACCACUGUUUAAUGGAACAAAAAGCUGCAACAUCUUCCACUCAAUGAGAGCAUAAAUUGUGGCGCUUGGAGCAACAAACGUGACUGUAUUUCUGUACCUUUUACAGGAUUAUGUAAUGUAAACUCUGUAGCAAAUACGUGACAAGCAGGAAGAAGAACCGCAUUCAGAGCUGCAGAGGGGCUCCAGCAAGUGGCGGAAAAAGUACUUGUCACCAGAGCAAGACUUAUCUCCUUCCUGAUAGAGGAUGGCUCUAAUUUUGGAUGGAUGAGUGCUGAGCACACAGUUUGGGACUGGGCGGGCAGGGGAGUCCAGACACAGCUGUUGAUCACUGCAGCAUCCAUCCUGUGCCUCACUGGUUGGGAGUGAGUGGCAGCCUGACUUUCCCUAUGGGGAACGGGUGCGAUCGCCCUUUUGUAGGGCUUCAAGGCUUUCAUUUAUUCGUGGACUAUGGAUCUUAAACUGACUUCAGAUACAGACAGCGAUAGAGGGAUGGAAGAUAUGAGAGUAUGAGCUGGCAUCCCUGCCACCUACCUUGGGGGAUGCCCUGCUUUCUUGUUGUGGUAUACCUGAGCAUUUUGGGCACAUAUUUUUCAGUGAUGCGUUACUACAACUUUUUCGCAGUAUUUUCUAAGUCGUCAUAUACCCCGGCACAUGAGUGAGGCCAAUACCUCAGGACACCACUCUGUUAAAUGGGAUGGAACCGAUUUGGAAGUGCUUUGCAUGGUAGAACAUGGAUUUGGUGGAUGCCAUCACUCAUGGGACGGAGCUGUCUGCGUUACUGCAAAUGUACAUUCUUGCUUGGAAGGUUUCCUUAGCCCUGUGACUCCCCCAAAAAUCUACUAUUUCAUUAAUUGCUCAGAAGGAGUUCCUGUAGCCAGGGACAGCUUCCCGAGUGGUUGUCCGCACACUGUGAAUGCUCCUCGUGCCCUGGUAAAUGUUGUCUUUGGUUCUGUUUUUUUUGUCAGAGGGUCUGGUUCUGUUUUUUUGUCUGUUCUUCUGUUAUUUUUUUUCAGCUUUUGUAAGUAAAUGCCUGGGGUAACAUCACGGUGUGGCAGUGUAGCCCUAUAGGGGGAGUCUGAACGUUAAAUAAAACGCCGUCUGAAUUCCUCCCAAUUUCCUGUACACAGAGAUGAGCCUUGCCCGAGUCUGGAAGGCUAAUAAAUAAAUUCAGGCUCUCAUGGAUCGAGGGGGAAAUAAAUCUGAAGGCUGUGGGGUCUUCACUGUGCUUUAAAGUAUGGAAUGUGUCUGUGAAACAGCACUGAAAUUGUUGAAAAUCCUUUUCACUUCAUUUAUUUAAUUCAGUCCCAAAUUUUCCCAACCGAAAGUGGGAAGUGGCAGAGGGUUUGCCGUGGGGUGCGUUGUCUCGACCCUCCGUGCCCCUUGGUGUGCUCAUGCAUGCUCACGUGUGAUCCCUGCUUGUGUUGUGUGGCUGCUGUAUUCUCCUGCAGGCCUCAGUGGAAGGCUCUCGUGAUCAAAAUCUUCGGCUGAAGAGCCUUGGCCUAUGUUUGAUCUUGGGUGCCCCUUUCACUGCUUCUCUUUUUGUAUCUUUGAUGUUACAGUGGCUACUGGAGAAAGCUUUUCUGCCUCCCUGAUGUGGCUCGUGUAUACAAUGUGGGAGAUGUGUCAGAAAUAAAUCUGGAUUUGCUUGCUUUUUUACAUCCUUGUACUAAAUGUCAUAGUACUGCUUUUCACACAGACUCUUCCAUGUCAGCUGUCUGUCUGUUGAGAUCUGCUUACUUCUUUUUCAUAGAAUCAUAGAGGGGCUUGGAUUGGAUCCUCAAGGAUCAUCAAGUUCCUGUGCCUCUGCUACAGGCAGGGCUGCCAGCCACUAGAUGAAGUACUAGAGCAGAUUGCCCAGGGUACCCUCCAACGCAGCCUUAAACACCUCCGGGGACAGCAUCCGCAGCCUCUCUGGGUUUUCUUUGAAAAUGGGAACCUUCUUGGAAGCAGGUGCUUUGCAUAGGGAUGUGGAUGGUUUGGCACAGCCCCACACCAAAAUUCAAGUUUCACAGGUUGGAUUCAGGAGGUUCUUUCACUCCUUUUGUCAGAUAACCAUUGCAUUUGGAAAGCUUUUCCAGGUGCCAGAACCCCAGAUUGCAUUCUCUCCUGACAAAUAUCAUGAAUGCCCACUUCUUACAUUCCACCACCAUCCAUCCACAUCUUCCCAGAGAAAGUGCAGCUCAGCCGUCCCUGCUUGAAGGUGUUACUGCAGUCCCAAGUGAGACCUUAGCUCUGCUGUGAAUCCUCUCCAGCCAUCCUGAAACCGAGUGCUGGCACUGCUGCAAGAACAGAGACCCAGGACACCGUGAAAUGGAGACUGUUCUAGAACCGAGCACUGCUCUGAUGUCGUGCACGGCAAAGGGGUUGAACGCCUCAGAAGGAAGAAACUUGGUGAUUAUUUUUAACUUCACUGACUGUAAGAGCCUCUCCUUCUCCAGCAAGGUUAUGGUGUAUCUGGUAGUGCAAAAGCUGAUCAUCCAGUAUGUGUUUGAGUCAGGUCAGGUAAAUGCAAAGUGAAAUAAUGUGAAAUUAAAACAGUUGAGGUGGAAACCAGACUAUCUCCCCACUGGGCUGAAUGGCUCGCAGUAGCGUUGAGCAGAGGCUGCAGGUUGAGAUGCUAGUGUUCUUGCUGGAGCUCUGCAGCCUCAGUGUUUCUUUUUCCUCUUGGCUUCCGGCCUCUGCUCCUGGGAUUUUCCGUGUUGGAAAUGCUUUCUGGUAUAGUCGAUUAAAAGAGCUCCCGUCGGUUUGCCUCAGUGUUUUAAGAAGCAUCUCUAAGCAGUUUGGUGCAAGUCACCCUAACGUCCGUGUAACCACGGGCAAAAGCCUUUGAUAGAGCCAGGGCCAAGCGCUGCAGGCUGUGGCAGGUGUGGGGAAAUGAAUCAGAACUCAGGUCUGCAGAUCCCGCUGGGGAUUUCCACUUGGGUUUCCCCUUCAGCAGAGCUGGUGGUUGUGAUUGCUGUGCAGUGAAGGUUAAUAAUAAGUAGUAUGAAGGGGAAGCGAGCCUGCCAUAGAUAAAAGUAAAGUUACUUUGACUCCUCCAGGGUAUCGGUGUUUUCAGUCGGCCCCUACAUGUGAAAAGCUGUGAGUGGCUCAGCUUGGCGUGGGCACCUGAAGAAUCUUUUAUUUGGCAAAAUUCUGAUUUACAGGUCCUUACAAGUUAAUUUUUGAAACAAAAGAUUAACCAAAGUGCUUUGGAUUAGUGCAAGAUUGGCCCGUCUUCAAGGCAGCUUGGUGUUUGGUUGCAUUGCUUUGCAUUCUGAUGGCGUGCUGCUGCCGGGCAGCAAUGGGCUUCAGUUGGCAUGCAGGGCGUUCUGGCUCUGCCACUCACUGGGAUGCUUUUCAACAUAUGGAGUUAGGGAAGGUUACAGAGCAAGAGCUCCCUGCAAGGGUGGGGUGUGAGAGCUGCUUGAAUGCUGCGUGUGGCGCUUUGGGCAUCCAUGAAAAAUUGUUCCCGCUUAAAUCUGCUGAAAGAUCUGCGUUACUCUGUUUUUGCUGCGCAGCUUGGGGAGGCUUUAAUUGCUCCUGAAUGAAAGAGGCAUCACUACUUCCCCAUGAAGCAGAUACCUGUGUGCACAUCUGAUAGGGCUCCUUGCUCUGCCUUGGAUGGGCCCCUGGAAACUCUCCCUGCCCACACCAGGUGGGACCGCGCUCCUCUGAGCAGCACAGAGCUGGUUCUGGCCUCCGGGGGCCUUCCUGCCUAAUGAAGGCUUGGGCCCAGCAUCUAUGAUAACACACUGUAUCUCGCAUAAAUUUAGAACAGAAUGCAGCCAAUUUUCACAAGCUGCUGCUAUGUUAUUCUUUCUCAAGCUGUGCCAGAUAACUUCAUGCACCAAAGCAGCGCAGGCUUUCUGAGCAAGGAGUGCUGGGAUGGCUCGUGGAGACCUACAGAGCCAUCCUCCGGUGCUUGGGGAACUCUGUGCACCCCUCCACUGCGGGUGUAUGGGUGCUGCCAAGGUGAGGGGCUCUUGAUGCUGUGCACAGGAGAAUUUUCACAUGGAGGGUGGCUUCGUAAUGACCAUAAUUAUCUCCUGGCUCACUUCUGCAGGGAUGAGGCAGUGUGAUGACUUCACCGGUCACGUCCCAUCCCUGUGGACAUGGUGGGCGUGAUGACUUUGAGAACCUAGGUUCCUUUUAAUUUUUUUUCCCUUUGACUGCUGCUUUUUGUUUGUUUGUACUGUCCAUUAAAAUUGUGCCCUGAAUGUAAGUUAGGGCCCUGUGCUCCAGUGGUAUCACGCUCCUACAGCUACACUGCCUGCACCGAGCAGGAUGAGGGCUGCAUUUGUUCCUCAGCACUUGAGCUACUCCCGCCUGUGAUCUGUUACUCCCCAGCACUCACGUAGGUGACUAUUGUCUCCUUUCCCAGGACACUUAAUCCUUAGAACAGAAAGUCUUGCCCUAUACUGCUGGGGCAGCGCUGGGGAAGUGCAGGCAUUGCCCCCGGGUCUGCAGCUGUGAACCAUCCAUAUUGGUGUGCAGUCACAUCGCAGGAUCCUUUUAAACCUGUUCUCUCUGUUACGGCUCCAUGGAUCGUAAAUGCCGAUCCUGAGAUGAAAUGGAAUUUUGAGGCUGCGUCCCUUGGCAUGUUCACCAUGAUAGCCAUGACUUUCUAGCUGAAGGGAGCUGAUGAAAUCUAUUGACUUUUCCAUCUCUUAGGAGAGUCUGUGUAUUGUAAGAAUAAGAUAUGAAUUAAAAAAAAAAAAAGCAGCAGCUGCUGUUUGAUAGAGGAAGGCAGGCCAUUGAACAAAUAUUUUCAAGCAAGGUGGAUGGUCCAUAGUUGAGCAAGAGCUGUGCUCUGGCCCCACAUUCUCCUUCCUGGCCUGUUACAGGGCACAGCUGCGAUGCAGGGAGCAUCUGUGGUGCUUACAGUUGGAUUCCCACCUGGCUGUAGCCCUGUUCAGGCUGUGCUUUGGGAAUUUCCUUCUUGGAGAUGCUUCAAGUGCAAGCUGUAGUGGGAAGAGCAUGGUGCUGCUGCUGGAGCCAUCGCUUUCCCCAAGCACCACACACUGAGGAAGCCCAGCAGGAUUAGCAGGGCUCGCAAAGAGCUUCUUCCACCUGAAGCGCCCUGUCCAGGCCUAAGAAACAAUUUCCUUUGGCAUUUGGGUUGACAGAGACAGAGGCUGAGUAGCAGGUCUCCCUUAGAGACAUGCUGGUGUUGGGCAUAUAGUGCGUUGGGUUCUGUCAUGUUUGCAUGGCCCUGGUGCUCAUGCUGACAGCUCCUUCUGCUCAGGGCUGGGUGAGGUGAGGGUUGUGGGUGAUUUAUGUGCUGCUGAGCCGUCUCCAGUUCUCUUUAAUUUAGAGAUGCAAAACUGAGUCUGAAAGUAAUGAGCUCCAGAUAAUUAGGUGCUUGUCUGCAGGUGUAACCAGUGUGACUGCCAGCAGCUGCUGCCAUUAAUAUUGCUGAUUUUUAUUUGAAAGCAUUGGGGAACGCAUGAGAUGCUGGAAACACCUCUCAUUCAUGACAAAGAUGGGUUCUGCUGUUCUCUUUCUCCCACCCCCUUCCCUUGACUGACAAUGAGGCUGAAGGGGAGCACGGCGUGGAGCAGGAUCCCCCGCGGCCCCGUGCAGCAGCCCCUGGAGGAGCGAAUCUUCACGCCGACCGUCUCCGCCGUGUACAGCACUUUUAUCUCCACACAGGUAACACAAGUAGCAAGACAGCCGGGUCCUCCUGCCCCAUCCCCUUACACUGCACAUGAAAUAAAUAAGGGACACCCAAAUAUUGCUGCAACGCCACCGGGACACACGUCGUCCCCAGGGCUCUCACAGGCUCCUUACCCCUCAGGACAGAAUGCAGCUCCAGCCACGCUGGUGUACCCUCAAGCCCCGCAAACAAUGAACACCCAGCCUCAGACCCGCUCGCCGCCCAGCAGAACAGUGCCAAUACAUUGCACAGACAACUGGAAGAGGAGGAAGGUUUUGGAACAGAGUCCGGUUUACAGGUCCCUGGCUGGAAGAGGCUGGAUAAAAUACUGCAUUUUUGCAGCGGGGCCUCGACCUGCCCAUCACCAGUUUUUUCAGAGGCCUCAGAUCCAGCCUCCACGAGCCACCAUCCAGAACAGCAGCCCUUCCAUCCGUCCUGGUGCACAAACACCGACCGCAGUGUAUCAGACCAACCAACACAUCAUGAUGGUUAAUCACCUGCCGAUGCCGUAUCCCAUGCCUCAGGCUCCCCAGUACUGUAUACCACAGUAUCGCCACAGCGGCCCCCCGUACGUCGGGCCCCCCCAGCAGUACCCUGUUCAGCCGCCGGGGCCAGGCCCCUUCUAUCCAGGUCCGGGUCCUGGAGAAUUCCCCAACGCCUACGGAACACCUUUCUACCCGAGUCAACCGGUGUAUCAGUCAGCGCCCAUCAUAGUGCCUACGCAGCAGCAGCAGCCUCCACCAGCAAAAAGAGAGAAAAAAACGAUCCGGAUCCGAGAUCCGAACCAGGGGGGCAAAGAUAUAACAGAAGAAAUAAUGUCUGGUGGGGGCAGCAGGAACCCGACGCCGCCCAUCGUCAGACCCACCUCCACACCGACCCCACCUCAGCAGCUGCCCAGCCAGGUCCCCGAGCCCGGCCCUGCGCUCUACGGGCCAGUGGAGAGCACCCACCUUGCCACCAGCGCCCCCGUCCCCGUGGCCAGCACCCCAAAGCAAGAAGAGAAGCCAAAACCAGACCCAGUAUUAAAGCCGUCUUCUCCCGUGCUCUGGGCAGAGCCCGCGGCAGAGAAGCAGGAUCCGGCCCUGCUGGUGGCUGAGCCCACCCCGCUGCCCACCCUGCCGGCACCCGCCACAGCCCCGUCACCACCCCCUGUCCCGCUCACAGCCGCUGCCACCGCCGCUCCUGCUAAACCCUCGCCCACUGUCAAAACCGAGGAGAGAUGUGAAGUCGCUUCCCCCAAGGAGGAGGUGGUGCCUCUCCCCAGCACUGUGCCCUGCGCGGACACGUCAGACCCUGUGCCUGCAGAGGAGCCCCGUGGCGAGGCGUGCCAAGAGCCGGGCAGCACUGCAGCGCCCAGCGAUGUUCCAGUGACUGCUAGCACGAACGUGAUCAACGAAUUGAACGGAGUGAGUGAGAUCGUUGCUGCUGCAGAGAGUGGGGCCGAGGAGGCUGCAGGGGACGCUGUGCCGCUCGCUGCCGACCCACAGGAACCAGGGGCAGCUCCCGGGGACCUGGGCACCACGCCGCCCCCCAGCACCCCCCAUGCAGCCCCAUCCCCACCACCCGCCCCAGCACCCAGCCCUCCCCCUCCUCCUCCUUCUCCUCCUGCUGCUGUGACCACUACAGCCCCUUCCUCACCACCGCCUCCACCUCCCAGUGCCUCCCCUGCUCAGGGAGACUUGGAAGGAGAGGAGGGCACAAGGACUGCUCCUAGUGAAGAGCUAACAGAUACUGAGAAGAAGGAAGAGACGGAGGCAGAUGGGCAACCGGAGGAGAGCGCGGAGGCUCCAAGCUUAAGCUCUAGCAAGAGUCCUGUCCCAGCCUCAACAGCUGUAACUGCACCAAAGACGUGGAAGAAACCAAAAGAGCGGACCCAAGCCACCGAGGAGGUGACAGAGGCGGAGGCAGAGCCUAAAGUAGAAGAGGAGCUUUUGGGUGACAAAGUACUUGAAUCUGAUCAGGAUAACAUGAGCCAUGGGUUUCAGUUGGAGAGAGACCCUUCCGAACUUAAAAAAGUGAAACCUGUGGAAGAAAAUGGAGAGCAGGAGGCAGAACCUGUCCGUAACGGUGCUGAGAGCAUGUCGGAGGGAGAGGGGACUGACGCGACCUCGGGCUGCACGGAGGGCUCCGCCGAAGGGCCCGCGCUGCAGUACAAGCCAGAGCAGUGGAAGCCCCUGGACCCGGAUGGGAAGAAGCAGUACGACCGGGAGUUCCUGCUGGACUUUCAGUUCAUGCCUGCCUGCAUCCAGAAGCCAGAAGGGCUGCCUCCCAUCAGCGACGUGGUUCUCGACAAGGUGAGAGGAGAGCCGAUCAAACAGGUCAACCAGCCCAAAUUGCCCCUGAGAACUCUGGACCCUCGGAUACUGCCUCGAGGCCCAGACUUCACGCCAGCCUUCGCUGAUUUUGGGAGGCAGCCUUCCGGUGGAAGAAACGUGUCUGGAAGUGCCUGCAAAGUGCAGAGCGGCCCUGGAUUGCCGUCCCUGGCUCGGUGCGGUUCCCCAGCAUGCCCUCUCUUGGUCUCGCCUCACCCACCAUUGAGGAACCUGCCAAUAGGGUUGUUGAAUGUUGGACCGAGGAGAUCUCAGCCGGGCCAGAGGAGGGAGCCCAGGAAGAUUAUCACUGUGUGUGUGAAGGAGGAUGUCCACCUGAAGAAGGCAGAGAAUGCCUGGAAGCCGAGCCUGAAACGGGAGAGCCAAACCGAGGACCCUGAAAAUGUCAAAACCCAGGAGCUGUUCCGCAAGGUACGAAGCAUCUUGAACAAGCUGACUCCCCAGAUGUUCAAUCAGCUUAUGAAGCAAGUCACAGACCUGACGGUAGACACUGAAGAGAGGCUAAAAGGAGUCAUCGACCUGGUCUUUGAGAAGGCUAUUGAUGAGCCGAGCUUCUCAGUGGCAUAUGCGAACAUGUGCAGGUGUCUCGUAACGCUGAAAGUGCCCAUGGCAGACAAACCUGGGAGCACAGUAAAUUUCCGCAAGUUGCUGUUAAAUCGCUGCCAGAAGGAAUUUGAAAAAGACAAAGCUGAUGACGAUGUCUUUGAAAAGAAGCAGAAAGAACUUGAAGCUGCUACCACUCCAGAGGAGAAGACACGGCUCCAUGACGAGCUGGAAGAGGCCAAGGACAAAGCCCGGCGGAGAUCCAUUGGGAAUAUAAAAUUCAUUGGCGAGCUUUUCAAACUGAAAAUGCUGACAGAGGCUAUCAUGCAUGACUGCGUGGUAAAGCUGCUAAAAAACCACGAUGAGGAGUCCCUCGAGUGCCUUUGCCGCCUGCUAACUACCAUUGGCAAGGACCUGGACUUUGAGAAAGCAAAGCCUCGCAUGGACCAGUAUUUUAAUCAGAUGGAGAAGAUUGUGAAAGAGAGGAAAACGUCUUCAAGGAUUCGGUUCAUGCUGCAGGAUGUAAUAGACCUAAGGCUGUGCAACUGGGUUUCACGGAGAGCAGACCAAGGCCCAAAGACCAUUGAGCAGAUUCAUAAAGAAGCCAAGAUAGAAGAGCAAGAAGAGCAGAGGAAGGUCCAACAACUCAUGACCAAAGAGAAGAGGAGACCAGGUGUCCAGCGGGUCGAUGAAGGCGGAUGGAACACUGUGCAGGGAGCAAAGAACAGCAGAGUGCUGGACCCUACCAAGUUCCUUAAAAUCACCAAGCCCACAAUAGAUGAGAAGAUUCAGCUUGUGCCUAAAGCCCAGCUGGGCAGCUGGGGAAAAGGCAGCAGUGGUGGAGCAAAGGCAAGCGAGAUGGAUUCCUUACGACCAAGUGCCACUAGUUUGAACAGAUUUUCUGCGCUGCAGCCUCCAGUCUCAUCUGUAUCUGCCUCAUCUGCAUCCUCAGAACUAGAUUCUCGCAGGGCCUUAACGAGUCGUGGGAGCAUGGGCAGGGAGAAGAAUGAUAAACCUCUCCCACCUUCCCUCUCCCGCCCCAACACCUUCCUCCGGGGCAGCAGCAGUAAGGAGCUGCUGCUCGACAAUCAGGCGCAGGAGGAGCAGCGGAGAGAGAUGCUGGAGACGGUGAAGCAGUUGACAGGCGGCAUGGAGAUGGACAGGAACAGCACAGAGGCAGAGAGGAGCAAAGCCAAGGAGUCUGCCAAGCCAGAAGCUCCCCCAGCUCCAGUUCAAGAGAAGCCUUCACUAUCAGAAGAGGAAAUUGAGAGAAAAUGCAAACCUAUCAUUGAUGAGUUCUUGCAUGUUAACGAUUUUAAGGAAGCAAUGCAGUGUGUGGAGGAGCUGAGCGCCCAGAGCCUGCUGUCUGUUUUCGUGCGAGUGGGAGUGGAGUCAACGCUGGAGAGGAGUCAGAUCACCAGGGAUCACAUGGGCCAGUUAUUACAUCAGUUGGUGCAGUCAGGAAAGCUGAGCAAGCAGGAUUUCUUCAAGGGGUUUUCAGAUACCUUGGAGAUGGCAGACGACAUGGCCAUAGAUAUACCCCAUAUAUGGUUGUACCUAGCUGAGCUGAUGACCCCCAUGUUAAAAGAAGGAGGAAUCUCUAUGAGAGAACUUAUACAAGAAUUUAGCAAACCUUUACUUCCUGUGGGAAGAGCCGGGGUCUUGCUUGCUGAAAUCUUGCACCUUCUAUGCAAACAAAUGAGCCAUAAGAAAGUGGGAGCCUUAUGGAGGGAGACUGGCCUCAGUUGGAAGGACUACUUACCUGAAGGGGAGGAUGUACAUACCUUUCUCGUGGAACAAAAGUUGGAGUUCACAGAGUCCGACUGUUCCAGUUCUUCAGAAGCACUUUCAGAGAAAGAACUCUCUGCAGAAGAGCUGAACAAGCAGCUAGAAAAACUCAUUGUUGAGGACAAGGCGAAUGAUGAACAAAUCUUUGACUGGGUAGAGGCUAAUCUAGAUGAAAGCCAGAUGAGUUCACCUACAUUCCUUAGAGCUUUAAUGACAGCAGUUUGUAAAGCAGCUAUUAUAGCGGACUCUUCUAGCUUCCGUGUGGACACUGCUGUUAUCAAACAGAGAGUGCCGAUCUUACUCAAGUACCUAGACUCAGACACAGAGAAGGAACUACAAGCACUUUAUGCACUACAAGCAUCAAUAGUAAAACUUGAUCAGCCUCCUAAUUUGUUGCGGAUGUUUUUCGAUUGCCUGUAUGAUGAGGAGGUAAUAUCAGAGGAUGCCUUCUACAAGUGGGAAAGCAGCAAGGACCCAGCGGAGCAGAACGGGAAAGGAGUAGCGCUGAAAUCUGUCACAGCAUUUUUCACAUGGCUACGGGAGGCCGAAGAGGAGUCGGAGGAUAAUUAAAACUUAAAAUACAGGAAAAAAAAAAAAAAACACAAAGAAAACAAUUUAAGUAUUUUUUUAAAAAGUUUCACGUCUUCGCCAAUCACAGUGCAGCAAGGCCAAUUCUCGCGCAGACCCCCCCUUCCCCCACACAUGCACGAGUGGGAGAGGUAAAAAUAGAUAAACACAAAGGUGAUCAUGGAGGAAACAAAGGUACUUGAAAAAACAGUAAACUUCAAACCUGAGGGCGGGAGCACUAAACCAAAAUACAUGUAUUAUUUAUAGAAAAUAUUUUCUGUUUUAAUCUUUUUUUUUUCUUUUCUUUUUAAACAAGGACUCAUAAAAACACAAAGUGAAACAGACCUGUUUAGCAAAAAAAAAAAAGUUUAAAGCUUUUAAUUUAUUAUUUUAAGGACUGCAAAUGCCAGUGUAAUUUUUAAAUUUGCAGUUUCUGUAAACAAAUUGUAUAAUAGAACAAAAGCAGAGAAAUAAAUUUCCCUCCCCUUCAUAUGCACCUCAGUUUUGUUUCAAAGCAUGAUAAAUAGACAAAACUUUUCAAGGGGGUUGGGGUAAGCUAGAUGAGGAAGAGAUCAAUUUUUUUUUAAUUGUCAUCAGAUUUUUCUGCCUGCCUCUCAGCUUGCUUCAGAAACGUAAAAGAACAUAGUACAUAACCUUGGAUCGGAAGGAAGUGAAUUUGAGAAAACGGCUGUGGACCAGAGUGCUCCAAAAAUAACUCAUUCAAAACAGUGCUACCCUGGGGAAAAAAAAAGUACUAGUGAUACUUUCAGAACCUUUAGAGCAACUUUAAGGCUUGUAAAUACAUAGAACAAAUAUUUAAAAAAAAAAAAAAAAAGAAAAAAAGAAAUUGACUCGUUACUAUUUCUUUU